AAAUUUCAAUUGAAAUGGGAGAAGUGAAGGUGGUUGGAGCAAUCCCAAGCCCAUACUGUUAUAGGAUUGAAUGGGCCCUCAAGCACAAGGGAAUCACAUACGAAUAUGUAGAAGAAGAUCUACGUAAUAAAAGUCCUCUGCUUUUGGAGUACAAUCCUGUUUACAAGAAGGUCCCAGUGCUCUUGCAUGGUGGAAAUCCAGUCACGGAAUCGCUUGUCAUUCUCGAAUACAUCGAUGAAACGUGGAAGGAGAAACCCAUAUUGCCAGAAGAUCCUUACGAGCGAGCAAUGGCACGGUUCUGGGCCAAGUUCGCCGAUGAGAAGUGUUUGUUUAGCAUUAUCACUGCUUUCCUCUCGCAAGGAAAAGAGCAGGAACAAGCAAUAGAAUCCUCAUUAGAAGCGCUCAAAACCCUUGAUGCAGAGCUUGAAGGGAAGAAAUUCUUCGGAGGAGAGACGAUCGGAUUGGUAGAUAUAGUGGCUGGUUGGAUCCCGCAUUGGCUCCCUGCGUAUGAGGAAGUGGCAGGCAUAAAACUAUUCGACGCUCAUCGAUUCCCAUCAUUAGAUGAAUGGGCCAAGAAUUUCAACGAAGUUCUAGUUAUCAAAGAGAAUCUCCCACCUCGUGAUAAGAUGAUGACAGUCUACCAUGGCAUGAGGAAGAACAUGGUUUCAUCAGCCGCCAGCAAAUAACUAUCUUUUCUUAUUAUAUGAUGUAGUUAAAAUCCAUGUAUUUCGCUAAUAAUGCAUUAAUAAGGACUUUAGAAAGUUUCUUUCCUUCUCCUUAUUUUGAGCAAUUUGUGAGGACAGUUCGAUGAAG